ACCCACCCAACCAGCGCAUCGACAAUCCCGAACACUUAGAAAUAUACCAGUACAACACGGCGCUUACUUGAGGCACCCGUUUUAGCCCCAGUUUAACAAUCAAAAAAAAAAUAUAAAACACUUUUUUUAAAUUUUAUUAUUUAAUUCAAAUAAAUCAUAAUUUCAUUAGUAAUAAUUUUGAAAAUUUGUGAAUUUGUGUGAUUUGUUGAGAAAAAUUUAACAAAAAUUUCGAAAAACUAAAAAUUUCAUAGAAAAAUUUAAUAUUUUUAUAAAAAUUUUAUAAAAAAUACGUAAAAAUUGGGCCAAUUUCGGCUUAAUAACAAUUUUUUUUUUUUUUUUUUUUUUUUAAUUUAUUUUUUAUUAAUGAAAAUUAAUGUUUAUUAAUUUAUAAAAGUGUUUUUUUUUUUUGCCGGCUGUGAAAGAACAAUUGUGAGAUAGAAAAAAAAAUUUCGGAGUAAAAUUCGAUUAUUUCGGAGUAAAAAAAUUAUAUUGUUUAUAUUGUUUUUUUGUGCGGUGUGAAAAAUAAAUUAAUUUGAUAUUUGUUGUAUUGAUUAUUGAGUGAUUGAAUAUUGAAAUAUUUUUUUUUCGUUAAUUUAUCAUCUUUACAUAAUUAAUUUGUAAGAUGAGGGCAGUUGGAUUGAACUUAUUAGUCGUUGCUGUUGGGCUUCUGGCUAGCCAGGCGCAGGCAGUAUCAGAGCGAUUGGAACUGGCACCAGCAGGAGGCAGAUCUGAGCCUCAGGUUGCAACUUUGUGUGAAGCUGGAGAAGUUUAUUUAGCUCAACACAUGGGUGAGCAGGGUCGAUGGAUUUCAUCAACCGAAAAGAAAAGCUGUAUGACCGACAAACUUGAAAUUCUCGAGUAUUGCAAAAAGGCUUAUCCAAAGAGGGAUAUAACGAACAUUGUUGAAUCAUCUCACUACGUCAGGGUUGUAGGUUGGUGCAAACCUGGUCAUACAAAGUGCAAGAUGUCCAGAUGGGUCAAGCCAUACAGAUGCCUUGAGGGACCAUUUCAAAGUGAUGCACUUUUGGUACCUGAAGGAUGUCUUUUUGAUCAUUUACAUAAUCAUACAAAAUGUUGGGAGUCAAACAGAUGGAAUUCAACAGCAGCAGAUACUUGCCGAGAACGUAGUAUGAAUUUACGAAGUUUUGCAAUGUUACUACCCUGUGGAAUAUCACUAUUCUCCGGUGUAGAAUUUGUCUGCUGUCCAAAACACCUGAAAGAAAAUGUUAAGCCAAAAAAACCAAUUGAUUUACCAAUACCAAAAAAUAUUGAUGAUGAUGUAGAUGAAACUGAGGAUGAUAUUGAUGAUGAAGAUGAUUUGGAUGCUGACAGUGAUAGUGACAGUGAUGCUGAUGAUGAUUCAGAUGGUGAUUUGGAAGAUGUAUUGAGUGAUCAGGCAUAUGAAGAUGAAAGUGAUGAAGCUUAUCUUGAUGAUUACGAUACAACAACUGCUGGAAAUAAAGUGUCAACAUCAUUAUCAACAAGUGAAAAAAGCAAACAAGAAUCUACAGUUAUGCCAGUCACUUCAACAUCAAGUUCACAACAAUCACCUCAACCACAAGGAACACCAGAUCCAUAUUUAACACAUUUUGAUCCAAGAUCAGAGCAUCAGAGUUAUAAACAAGCACAAAUGAGACUUGAAGAAGUACACAAAGAAAAAGUUACAAAGGUGAUGAAGGACUGGAGUGAUCUUGAAGAAAGAUAUCAAGAUAUACGUGCAAGGGAUCCAGUUGCUGCUGAUGCAUUUAAACGUUGGAUGACAGCUAGAUUUCAAGAGACAGUUGCUGCACUUGAAGCCAGUGGUGCUGCUGAAAAACAUCAACUAAGUGCUAUGCAUCAGCAACGAGUUCAAGAAGCUGUUAAACAGAGAAAUGACGAUGCAAUGACUUGCUACACUGUCGCACUCAAUGAGACCCCACCCAAUAUGCAUCGUAUACAAAAAUGUCUUCAAAAGCUUUUACGUGCAUUGCACAAGGAUAGACAUCAUACAAUUGCUCAUUAUAAACAUCUUCUUGAUAGUAGCCUUGAACAAGCACAAAGAGAAAAACCAGCAACACUUGAACAUCUUGCUGAAAUUGAUAGAAUUACCAAUCAAAGUCUUCUUAUGCUUGAACGGUAUCCGGAAUUGAGUGCUAAAAUUGGACGGCUGAUGGAUGAUUAUGUAUUGGCCCUCAGGAGUAAGGACGAGACACCAGGGCUUUUGCUUGCGAUGACACGUGAAGCUGAGGCUGCUAUUUUGGACAAAUAUCAAGCUGAUGUGGCUAGCAAACAACAAGAAAAAGAACAUCAAAAGCAAUUGGAGCGUGAAAGAAAAGAGCAAAGAAAAGCUGAACGAGGUGAAUUACGUAGUGAGCAAGAACAACAUGAAGAGGGUAAUCCUGUUGUUGAAAAAAAAGAUACAACUGCAUCAAUGCAACAACAACAGCAACAACAACAACAGUCAGAAGUUGCUGCUAUGCACAAUGAAGGAAUAGUCAGAGCUGCUCACAGUAUGAGUCAUGAUGUUUCACAUCCAGAGCCACUUUAUGUUUUUCAGGGAUAUUCAUUGUCUGAAGCAUCAAGACGAGAAUUAUAUCACAAAGAAAGUCGUUCAGUUUAUGUGACAUUGGCAUUUGCUGGUAUUGCAUUGAUGGCAACAGCAAUGAUUGGUAUUGCAAUAUUUAAAAAAAGAAAUUCAAGAAGCCCUCAUAGUCAAGGUUUCAUUGAAGUAGAUCAAGCAGCAACACCUGAAGAAAGACACGUAGCCAAUAUGCAAAUAAAUGGCUAUGAAAAUCCAACAUAUAAAUAUUUUGAAGUUAAAGAAUAAGCACCUCAAUCAUUUCCUCAAAGAAAUUUUUUAUUAUUAUUUCGAUUAUUAUUUGUUGAAAAUUUUAAUUUUUCACCUUGUGGGUAUUGUCGUUAAUUAAACCAUCUAAAAAAAAAAAAACGAUUAUAAAACAAAAAAAGAAAUACUAUUUACUUGGUGAUACUGUCUUUCUUUUUUUUAUUCUCUUUGAUAUAAUUAUUAAAAUUAUUAUCAGUAUGAUUUACACUCACUGCUACAUCAACACCCUCAAAAGCUAAUUACUCAUUUUUUUAAUUUUCAAAUCAAAAAAUACUUACUUACCCAGAGUAUAUAAUAAAAAUAAAAAAGGUAGAUGAUUUUUUGGUGCGUGCCAUUGAUUGGCAAUUGAGUGCCAUAUAUUUGAAAUUAAUAAUCAACGCUUUGACCGCCGAAUAAAAGCCCCUUUAAUUAAUCGAAAAUAAUAAAAUUUUAAUCAUCAAUUUUUGACCUCGUAUUAUCCGCCUUUGUUCUGAUAUUUCAUUAACGUAAAAUAAUAGUAAAAAAAAGGAAAAUAUAAAAUCGAAAAAAGAAAUUAAAUUUUCAUUUUUAAAAAUCGAUUAAUUAAAUAAAAGGGAUGAAUAAUAAUAAUAAUAAUAAAGAGAAUAAAAUAAAGUGCAUUUGAAGCAAUUAAAAGGCAGCUUAUUAUUGAAAAAUCAACUAUAUUUAUUAUUAAUAUAAAAAAAAUAAAAAGUACUUAAACAAGGGGCUAAAAUACUCGAAUGAAAAAAGAAAAAAAAAGUAGAUAUUUAAAUGUAAUUUUAAGUGAAAGUACUCUUGAAAUAUCAGAACGUCCGUCGAUUAUUAUUUGUUUUUUUUUUUGUUUGUUUAUUCAUACAGUAUUUUUACCUUACCUUAUCAUCAAAAUAAAAAAAUCAAGUAUAUUUAUAUUCUCAAUUGAUGCAUAAUAAUUAUCUUUAAAUAAAUAUUAAAAUAUACUUAAAAUUAUUUAAUUUAAAUGUUUAUUCAUGCAUGAAUGAAUAUUAAACUCGGUACACAAAAUAUCAAUGUACUAUUUAUGAUAAUAAAUAAAUAAAUAUUCUUGUCAUUUUUUAAAUAAUAAAUAACGAGUUAUCAGUUGUGUAAAUGAUAAUGGAAAAUGUUCGAGAGACUCGUUCGACUUUGCCGAAAUGUUAUUGUAUUUAAAAAAAUAAUAUUCGUAAUAAAUCAUGCCGAAACUAUCGAAUAAAAGGAACAAGCUUAACUUGAGAGUUUAUUAAAUCUGUGUAAAUUUAUAUAUCAAAUGGAACUGAACUCAAAAUAAUAAAUGACCAGGAUAUUUAUUGAAUAUUUUUGUUUUAUUUAAAUCCUUUGAUGUUUUAUUAUUUUUUUUUAUUUUAAAAAUUAUAUUCAUAUAAUUAUCUUAUGAUGAUAAUAAUAUACACAAUGAUGGCAAUGAUGAUUUAUUACACAUUAAUAAUGCUUAUAUAUAUUUGUAUAUGAUCAUGGAAAAUAGUAAACACAUUGCACUAUUUGGCUGGAAAAUAAAUUUAUAAAAUUAAAGGAAAAACACACUAACACACUCAUUGAACUGUACACCUCAUUAAUUUAUCAUACAACUUGAUUUACAAUUAAAUAUUUUGAAUAUAGAUUUACAGUAAACUUGUGAAUAAAAAAAUUUUUGCAAUAAUUAAAGAGAAAUAUUUGGGCACUCUGCGAUAUUACUGAUCGAUAAUAAUUGCACAUUUGCAAAUAAUCAACAUUUUGCAUUUUAAAUGCAAUAAAAAAAUUUAGCAAAUAAGCAAAAUAAAAAAAAUACAUUUUGUCUUAGAUAAUAAAUAUACGUAAAAAAAAAAUUAAUAAAUUUGUAAAAUUGGCUUUUUUCGAAUUGAAUAAAAUUAAAAUUUAAAAAUAUUUUUCAUCAAUCUCAUUUAUCAUUUAAAUCACACACAAAUUUAAUUAUAAAUUCAUUUUUAAAAAAUUAAAAAAACAGUAUAACACUGAUAAAUAUAUAACUGCUAAAUGUUUAAAAAUAUUAUUUUAGAUAUGUUAAGAAAAUAUAGAAAUUUACUACAAUGAGUGUACUUUAAUGACGAAAAAAAAAUAUCCAAAAUUAAAUGCUAAAUGAUGUAUAAAAAUAUGCUUAUAAAUUAUAUUUAAAAAAAAAAAUUUAUACAUCAUUAAUAAAUUGAUGAAUCUAUGAAACAACAGAUAAGUUAAAUUUAAAUAAAAAAAUGAAAAUAAUAAAUUAAAUAUUGUACCUAUAGCUGUAGAAAUUACAGAAGAAAAAAAAUUGUCGCAUGUAAAAGUAAAUCUGGCACUGGGUCACAGGUUUUUUUUUUUUUUCUAAAUAUUUCGAUUUGUUUAUAAUCAACAGUAAUUUUUAUUCGAGUUAUUUAACCAGUUGUUUUGCCCUUUAUUAAGUUAUAAAAAAAAUAAAAUAAUUUAUCGAAAUCAUUGGUGUGAAUUUGGACGCAUCAGUAAGAGCGAAGCAUAUCAGUUUUGCUAAAAAAAAAAAACCAGCAAUUAUUCGCGUUAUAAAA